UGGCCAUGUGGUUUGUGGAUUUGAAACGCAACAAUUUGACAUUUACUGAUUGAUGAUUCAUAAAAAAUCAAAAUAUUUUUUAAACAGAUAUCUGUACUUUUAAUUUCUUUAUUUAGAACCUUCUCUAGGUGCAAUGGGCAAGACAAAGAAAACUCGAAAAGUUGUGAUGCAAAGAUUUGCUCAAAUGAAAAAAAUGAUUAGUCCCAGUGAUCCUCGAAUAAAAGCUGAAAAACGAGCUCCACCCAAAAAGCAAAAGACUGAAGACCCUACAGAACUGAAGGUAAAGGAAGUACCUCAGCAAUCUUCAGCCUUGUUCUUCCAAUAUAAUGAACAAUUAGGACCUCCUUAUCACAUCUUGGUGGAUACAAAUUUCAUCAAUUUUUCAGUUAAAAAUAAGCUGGAUAUUGUGCAAAAUAUGAUGGAGUGUUUAUAUUCAAAGUGUAUUCCAUAUAUUACAGACUGUGUAAUGGGUGAAUUAGAAAAGCUAGGUCAAAAGUACAAAGUUGCCUUGAAAAUUGUCAAGGAUAAAGCAUUUGAAAGACUACCUUGCAUGCAUAAGGGUACAUAUGCUGAUGACUGCAUUGUCAACAGAGUAACACAGCACAAGUGUUACAUAGUGGCAACGAACGAUAAAGAUCUAAAGCGUCGUAUCCGCAAGAUACCAGGUGUACCCAUCAUGUACGUCUCGCAGCAUCGCUACACGAUCGAGCGUAUGCCAGACGCAUAUGGAGCACCAAAAACUUAAAGAACGAACGUGAAAAAGCUGAAGAAGAAAAAGAUGACCGUCACAGACAACAAAUGUAUAGAAUUUGGAUCGAGUGAGAGCCGAACUUCUAUGAGAAUGAGAAUGAAAAAGAGAACAGGUUGAGGCCUGCAGGCCAUUUAGGAAAUUCCGAAUAAAAUUGUCCCGGGCGUUAUUUAUUAUCGCAAGAGGGAGCAGCACAGCGCAACACAGAGAGCAAGCGCGCGCGAAUAUAAUCUCUUGACCCGCGGCGACACCGAAGACGAAGCGAGAAGGUUGAAGCGUUUCGCGUACGAGAAAGAGAGAAGACGCACUCUCACGCCGCGAGUACUAAAGUACUGUACUUUUGUUUGAGUGUUUUGCUUCUUGGCUCGAGCCUGCGCGCCAAGAGCAAGGAGAGCCAAGCGCAUCUAAAUACUCGACAAAGGUCUCUUUCUUUCUCUCUCAUUCGCAAGCUGCAAGAUCCUCGGGAAAAGUAGUUAGGCUGCCGGCGCUCUCUUCCUUUUCUCUCUCUCUCUCUCUCUCUCUCUUCUUUCCCGUCUCCGCACUUUUGUGUGUGUAUACGCGAAACGAAUUUUAUGCGAGGUCUGCCUAUGAAACGCGCUCUUUAUGGAU